AUGCUGGGUUCAAAGCAGUUAAUAGAAAACUUGGUAAGAUUUAAAUUUCAUAAAACACCAUACACACGGAGUUCAAUAUGGCCAUUCAAAAGAAAUUCGGCGGUAAUAAUUUUAUUGUUUAUUGGCAUGAAGGGCGAAUUACGUGUUCUCUUAACUAAACGGUCAAGAACAUUGAGGAGCUUUUCAGGAGACGUUUCAUUCCCUGGAGGUAAGGCUGAUUUUUACCGAGAGACGUUUGAGGAUGUUGCCAGAAGGGAAGCCGAAGAGGAGAUUGGAUUACCACAUGAUUCUGAGAUCUUACAUAAUGAAUUUGGAAUGAGAUUAGAAAAUCUAGUCAUGGAUAUGCCGUGCUACCUAUCAAGAACAUUCUUGAGUGUUAAGCCGAUAGUGUGCUUUCUCUACAAGAAUAAUUUAGAUAAAAACGAGGAUAAAUACAAGGUUCCCUUAGACAUCAGUAAGUUUUUUGGUAAACUGAACCCCGGAGAAACAUCUUCUUUAUUUUCGGUACCAUUGAAUGAUCUAAUCGUACAUCUAUUGCCAAAAGACGAUGCGGAUGUUAAAAACUACAGGGCGGAAUAUUUUGAACGUAAAGAGUAUAAGCGUAAUUGGGGCGGUGUAAAAUGGUUAAUCAUGCAUUACCAUUUCCAUGUAGCCAAUAAUAACGAAAUGCCAUGGCUGCAAAUUAUAGAGGAUCUAUCAAGCUCAGACGAAGGUGGCCCUGAUGGGGACAACGCUAUUUUCAAAUUCCGGGACCUUUGGGGUUUGACUUGUAAAAUACUAUUUGACGUAUCAUGUAUUGCUAAUGGACUGAUGGAUGACAAGUUGAGAAAAGAGUUGGGCCAUGAAGAUUUGAUAGUUGGACUGCAUGAUUAUGGUAAUCAAAUGCAGCUAAAUGGAAGAAGUGAGUGGGAGAUAGGAAUGAUAAACGGUGACAGAGAUUUAAAGUAUAGUGACGUGAUACCUGCAUAUUAUAUGAAACAUUUGAUAGGACACCGAUCAUUAUGGUGA